CAUCGAGAACCGACUGACUUUUCGACAACAAACACCAUCCGCCGCACAUACGGAGUUGUCGACCACAGUUUUCGCCAUGGCCUCCAACAUCGAUAUCACAACCACGUCAUGGAAACUCGUGGAGGUUGGCCGUGUGGUCCUCAUCCGCCGAGGGCCAUACACCGGCAAGCUGGCCACGAUUGUUGAGAUCAUUGACCACAAGCGGGUACUCGUCGAUGGUCCCUCAACUCAGGAGGAAAAGAUUGUUCCCCGUCACUCGCUCGCUCUCUCUCACGCCACUCUCACUCCUUUCGUCAUCCCCAAGCUUCCUCGUGCUGCCGGCACUGGUCCCGUCCGCAAGCUCUGGGAGAAGGAGGAUAUCGACAGCAAGUGGGCCUCCAGCGGCUAUGCCAAGAAGACUGCUCAGGUUGAGCGACGAAAGAACUUGACCGACUUCGAGCGCUUCAAGGUUUUGAGACUGAAGAAGCAGUCUCGCUACGAGGUCCAGAAGGCCCACGCCAAAAUCAGAGCCUCUGCUUAAAGUUGCGUGGGGUUCGGGGAGAUGAUUUCUUAGGUGGUUCAAAAAUGGCUGGAGUUCCUGUGGGCAUGCGCUGUGUGCAUUAUAUUUGACAGCGAAACCAUUCCAAAACUCUGAUAUCCGGACAAUAAAGUCCUCCUGUGUCAUGAAAGAUCUUUUUUCUUCCUUGCUAAGCACGGAUCCGGAGACACGGCAAGGACAUGCCGAUGUUAUUCUGAAUUACGAAAUAAAUUGAAAGUAAUACAGAAAUGCC